AUGGCCUCGAACGAUGAUUGGCCUCGAAGUGUGCUAAAUGCUAAAUACCGUUCCUUGCGAGAGGAAUUCUUGUACAAAGGCAACCUCUGGGCUAAUUGGACAUCAGAAGCGAUCAUCCGUAGAGUGGAAGACCAGUUCCAAUUUCGGUCGAAUGACGUGAUUAUAUCCAGUUAUCCCAAGUCCGGCAAUACUUUUCUCUCCGAGAUAGUCAGCUUACUAUCUGCCAGUCAAGGACAGCAGGAAAAAUGGGCGAAAACGCUAGAAUGGGUUAAUGCAUACCCUAUUUACAAACGUGUUGUGUUCAUCGAGGAGAUAUAUCAACAUUUGUAUCCCAAAUGUAGCAAAACUCAAUCGGCCAUGGAGUAUCUGGAACGGUGGCCUGUGAGUGAUCCCCAUGAAUGUCGCUUGAUCAAAACCCACCUGCCUGCAGACAGUAUUCAGUCUGCUUUCAAACGUGUGUCCCAACCACCUCAAAUUAUCUAUGUGUAUCGCAAUCCGAAGGACACAUGUGUUUCGAUGUUUCACUUCUACAGGGGAGCCGAAGAAUACGGGCCAUUUGCUGGCGAUUGGAAUGAAUUUUUCCAAAUGUGGCUUGAUGGCUGGAUUGCUGCCGGAGAUUGGCGCCGCGUUGUUCCUGAAUGGCUUCGGUAUGCCAAGAUGAGCCGGAACUGGGAAAAAGCAAUUUUAUGCAUUAGUUAUGAAUCUCUAGUACAAGAGCCCCUCCAGUGUGUGGAGCGUCUGAAUCAAUUGCUAAAUCCAGGGUGCCCCUUAGAUCCGGACGUAGGUGAGGCGAUACGAAAGCAUACUUCAUUUGAACAAAUGCGCAAGAAUCCACAGACAAAUUAUCAAAAUGUUGAGGGGUUCGUGGAUGAUUUCCAAUUUAUGCGUAAAGGUAAAGUUGGCGAUUGGAAAAAUUGGUUUACAGAGGAUCAGAAUUAUGAAUUUGACCGAGUAUAUGAGGAGUGUAUAAACACAGUGAAUAAACUGUUGUCUCCGAAUGAAUUGAUUUUUGAAUAA